AUGGAACCGUGUGCUGGUAUAGAAUCCUUUAUCCGGGCGGAACAGUUUACCAAAUUUUCACCAGAUGGAUUAUAUAGAAUUCAAACUAAAAACCAAAGUGCACAUUCGCGCGAGGAUAAAGACAAGGAGCGGAGAAAUAAUUUGAUGAUUUUGCCAGAAAUGACGUGUAAACCAGCCAAAAUCCGAGACUCACGAAAAAGUACACGCUUACCAUCAGAGGACAGCUCCUCCGGUGAGUCUAUAGUGAUGGGAAUCCCCAGUAAACGCGAUACAGGGACGUCACGAGGACGCACAAGGAAUCCCCGCGGUAAACAGGGAAGGAACAAAGUGGACAUUUCAGAAACGACAGUUGGGGGAUUAAAUGGGAAGAAGGUCAAAAGGGUUCCAAAAGCAACCGAGAUUACAACCGGAAACUCGCCUACAAUGAAUUCUCCUACCAUACCAACACAAGAGCAAAUCAACCCAGAGGAAAAGUUCCAACGAAUUCUGUCAGAAAAUCUGAGAGAUUACAGCAGACAGCGAAUGCGAGCCCUCCACAUGAGCCUUCGCCAUUUCAGCAAUGUUGAGGCCCGUAUUACACAGAAGGAACUGACCCAAGCUUUCCAGGACAACCAGAUGAAGCUAUCCGGUCGAGUUAACCAAUAUUUGAUUGAUAGGUUUGAGGACAACAGAGGCAUUGACUGCGAAUAUCUGUAUAGAUUCCUUACAGAGGCCCAUCUCCAGUCAGGAAGAGAUAGUGUGAUAGCAUUACAGAGAAGAAAUUAUCUGGAAACUCAGACGGAAGUGACAUCAGAGGAGCGAGAUGCUGAUCUAAUUCUUCGUUUGGAACAGCUGUUGAUUGACAACCAAGGAUACAUUAACAUUGAGGCCCUGCGCGAAAACUUCCAGAUCACAGAUAAUGACAAAAGUGGAAAAAUCGACAGAAACGAGGUCGUUGACAUAUGCAGCCGACAUCAUACCCCGUUGUACGGUGCAUUGUUUAAAAGCCUGCUACGGCGCUGUGACGAGGAGGGAAACAACAUCGUGAGCUGGCCUGAGUUCCUUAACUUCCUUGAUCUGGCGCAGCAAAAUGCGCAGAAAAAGAAUCCAAGUCUCCUUGAAAUUCCACGAAAGAUCAGAUCUCGUACACCUGUCACUCCCAGUGCCAUUGAUGAACUCUCAGAGGAAACGAAAUCCAGACUUGUCAGUAAAUUACGCAAAAAGGUUUCACUGGUAAAAGAUCGAGCUUUAUCACUGAAGCAGAGUGAAGAAACACAAAAAACGAUGGAAAUGAAUGGUGAUACUCCUCGUGGGGAAGAACGAGAAAAAACGCCAGUUACGGAGGAACGAAAAAGAAUAGUGGCAAGCAAACGAAAAUCAGAACCAGACAUGAACACAACAGUUUUAGAAAGUGUUGAUACGGAUAAUGACUUUGAAAGUCAACUUACGUCAUCACCACCACCCUUGAUGUCUGAAUCACCAAACACGUGUACAGAAGAGACGUCUGAACACAUUACCGGUCCAACCACUCAGCCGGAAUGCAGUCAGUCGGCACCAUUACUACCAGCCAGUGAAGCUCCAGUCCUGAUAGAAGAUAGUAACAAUACAGAAAAUCUACCGUCUUUACCGUCAGAAAAUGUCGCUGAUUGUGCAGGUUCAACGCUUGCUCAAAAUAAGCAUGGAAAUCUUACAUUUUCUAUAACGACGAAAGGUCGUCGAAUAGAUUUUCAGUCGCCCUGUGGCAUCAGUAAUGAUCACGUGGUUCUUGAUCCACCAACCCAGAGACUGAAACUAGACUGGGUAUACGGUUACCGGGGCAACGAUUGUCGUAGUAAUAUAUAUGUUUUAGCAACUGAUGAGAUUGUGUACUUUGUGUCCAACAUUGCAGUGUUGUACAACAGACAGACACACAAACAAAGACAUUACCGCGAACACAGCGAGGACAUCAAAUGUCUCGCCGCGCAUUCCAAUAGGAAUAUAGUUGUAACUGCACAACGUACCAGCAACACAUGCCCACAGAAGCAGGCAUGCAUCCGGGUAUGGAGAGCUGAUACCUUGCAUACGACAUACGUUCUGGGAGCGGGAAUGUUUCAGAAAUCAGUGGUGGCAGUGGCAUUUUCAGGUUCAUCUGACCUGUUAGCAGCAGUGGAUGACAGUCCAGAAAAGCGCCUGACAUUGUGGGACGUCAGUUCAGGGACACUGAAGGGCGACACUGUCGUAAAUACUGAAGUUAUAUGUGAUCUACAGUUCAAUACAAAAUAUCCGGAGCUUUUGGUGAUUUCCGGGAAAGAGCACCUGUCGUGGUGGAAGAUUUAUCCAGACUCUCACGUGAUUCAGCCUUUUGCACAACCAGACUACGAGAACUAUCUCCGGGCAAAAUACGUGAUAUGUUUGGCCCACAAUGAGCGCGGGGACCUGAUGACGGGGGAUUCUAAUGGCACAGUGUACGUGUGGGGCGACGGAGGGAACAAAAUCACAAACUUCAUUAAACACGCUCAUGACGGUCCAGUGUUUACAGUUUUGUGUAUGAAGUCCUAUAUUUUGACGGGAGGGAGGGAUGGUUUCAUCUACUGCUGGCAGUUCAACAAAAACAUGGACAAGGACGGGAUGCUCCAGCUGCCCAAGUCAGAGGGCGGGGUCAGGUUAUUAUCUCUCCAUGAUGAGGUGAUUCUUAUUGGCACCACAGUGAACUCCAUGCUGUCCAUCACAUCAUCAAAGAAACAUAGUCCACUGAAAGGCGUGGCACUCGAUCAAGUCCCUAUUACACAGGGCCAUUUCAGUGAAGUACGGGGCUUGGCUGUGAUCUCUGGGAGUGUGACUUUGGGUAGCAUUGUGACUGCGGGGACGGACGGUAUUCUGUGUUGGUAUAAUCCCCACGGCAGGGAUCCAGUGUGUAAACUUGUCCUCAAGGGGGUUCAGUUUCUCUGUGUGGACGCUCUGCCAUCAGGUGCACGCCUAGCUCUUGGGACCAGAACUGGACAUGUGGUUAUCCUUGACAUAGAAGGCGUGUCCAGUACGGAAGCAUUCAACCAGAAACUCUGUAAGGACAAAAUCACUACCGUGAAAUUCUCUCCUGGCGGAGGCUUUGUGGCUGCCGGGUCAGCGGACUGCUGCAUUUACAUCUGUUCUCUGAUCGAUAAAGAAGACGGUUUAAAGUGCUGGGAAUUAACCGGAAAAUUCAAGGACCAUACCGGCCCACUACAGGCUCUGGACUGGUCUACCGAGCCGAGGAAUUCCUCCUACCUGAUAAAAAGCUGUACCUCAGUACCAGAACAGUUUGUCUGGAAUGUUUCCGAUUUCUGUCUCACGGACAAACUGGACACGCUGUCGGUAAAAUGGCAUUCAGAGACGUGCCCGGUGGAUGUGAGUAUGUGCGGGCUGUGGAGCUCUAAGCAGGCCCGUAACAACGAGGUCCACUGCAUGACUAUCCACCCUAACAACGGCCUGGUGGCCAUUGGGGACUCGAGUGGACACAUCAGUCUCUUCAGAUAUCCCUACUUCAAACAGGGAGCUUUCUGUCAUACUUACAAAGGUCACAGCUGUGUUAGGAACCUGGUGUUCAGCGAGGAUGGACAGUGCUUGUUUUCUGUUGGUGGUCGAGAUUUAGCUAUUUUACAAUGGGAAGUGACGUAGUACCUUAAAUUCCUUGGAAACAUGUUCUAAGUUUUCAAAUUACUAAAGAAUUCUUGCCACAUAUCAGGAUUUUACCCAAAUAACGUCACAAUGCGCACGAUAUUGCUUUGGUGUAAAUACUCCAUUACUCCUGCAUGUAUAGUUGAGUUUAGGAAAAUGUUAAAUAUAAAAUCUUUGAAGAAGAAAAAACACUAGUUGAAGAUUUGGGAAUGAAGAAAAGAAUAUUUUUGCAAAAGAAAGUAAAUAAAUUUAAAUACUUAAUGCCUACACAGCUUUCCUGGAAAAAGAAAACAAAAACUUGAAUUGUAAAACAAAUGCAUUACAAGGCAGAACACCUACCAAUUUUUUUAAACUUAAGCUAUGAGGAGAUCAAAUUACUUACAAUAUGACCUGCAAAGGAUUUGUACAUGAGCAUUUAGUUUUUUACAUGAUCUUUAGUUUUGUACAUAUCCAUUUUGUACAUACUGAUGUAUUAACCAUUUAUACUCAAAGUUAAUGUUUAAUGCAUGUGGAACAUCCCCAAACUUUCACAUGUAAGAUCGGGCUAAUUUUGUUGCAGGUAAAUUCUAGCUGUUUUGUGCAAAUGUUUUUUAAAAAAAAAUGUUUAAUUCUUGGAAAAUGCUUAUAACAUGCAUGUCUUUUUGAUAGCAACAAGGUAAUGAUUUAUAGAAUGUAGAUAGAUAAAAAUAAAUCUAUGAAACAUUC